AUGGGCUCUACCAAGAACAGUGAAUUUCCUUUUGCACGGGAUGAAAGCCGUGGAAUUCCGAAAGUUCAACAGAGUCGGAUCAAACAGCAGACCGAAUGCCUUCGCAGCGUUGGUAGGCCUUUUCAAUCAAGGCUGAGCAGCGACCGGCACUUGGAGCAUGUUCAUACGAAGGGAUCCUGUCGGCUUGUGCACGACAAUAUGCUGGACUACCUCGAACAUUUUGUGAACGCAUACAACGGGUUACCAAAAUUCUCGCUCACAUGGUUUGUCUGGCUGGCACAUGAUGACACUUUGUGGUUGUAUCGUAGCGACUACAAACUAUACGACUUUUAUCUGAAGAAUAGAGAUGCGACGACGGAACCUGUUACAAGAAUGGCUAUGAACCUGCCAACAAUACCAGCAGACUUGUCGUACGAGCAGUACUGCAGACGUUAUCUAGACAAUGAAUCCUACAUUCCACUGAUGUAUCAGAAAGCUGGAUAUAAAAUGUUUGGAGCUGAAGACUCCCCGACGGCCAGCGUUCUCCACUACCCUAAUUGCCUUGGUACGAAAACGAGACAGUUUCAGCAUUCGUACAGGCCUUUUCAAUCAAGGCUGAGCAGCGACCGGCACUUGGAGCAUGUUCAUACGAAGGGAUCCUGUCGGCUUGUGCACGACAAUAUGCUGGACUACCUCGAACAUUUUGUGAACGCAUACAACGGGUUACCAAAAUUCUCGCUCACAUGGUUUGUCUGGCUGGCACAUGAUGACACUUUGUGGUUGUAUCGUAGCGACUACAAACUAUACGACUUUUAUCUGAAGAAUAGAGAUGCGCUCAGCAACUCAUUCAUCUUCUUUUUCGGUGACCACGGCCCACGUAAUGGAGACGAAGCCUACACCAAAUUCGGUAUUAGCGAACAAAACAAUCCCUUCCUGUACGUGGUAUUGCCAAAGCAUUUGAGGCACACAAAACUCCAUCAACAACUAAUGGCAAAUAGCCAAGAACUUGUCACCCCUCACGAUUUACACUCUACCCUCGAAGAUAUUCUUUAUCGACUUUCUGCGAAGAAUUUUUCGGAUAUAACAUUCAAACGCUUCGACAGUGAUCCUCAUGGCUCAUCCUUACUCAGGCAGUUCGAGAGCGGCAUUCAACGGACAUGCAAAACAUUACCAAUACCAUUUCAGUACUGCAUAUGUCAGUACAAAAAGGAAAAUGUCACUGAUGCAAUUCUAGCAAAGGAGCUCGGACUUUUUGCUGCAAAGGGAUUAGCAGCGAUACUAGAUUCCGAGAAUGUUUCUUCCCAGUGCGAGAAGAUUGUGAUGGACAAAGCAAGACUUAUUAUAUUGCGAGAUACUGAUUCGAGAGGAUCUAGUGGGAGAUUGGAACUGGCAGGAGAACAGUUUGACCGUCUCGACAGGUACGGCAACCAUGGGGAUUGUAUGACAAAGGAUACACUGAAGCCGUUAUGCACA